AUGGUCGGUCGCUUAAUCUGCUUUGUGGCUGGGGUGCUCGCCAUCAGCGGUGGCCUCGCGAAUGCCCAUGGGUCUCAUUCGAGUAACCAACCGCCGUCCGAAGACUGGGCCACAAGACACAUGAUGGAGGAACACCACAUCGAGUCCUUUGAUGCGGGCUCAUUCUUUAUGCUCCACGAUUACGAUUCCUCCGGGUCAUGGACUGUUGACGAAGUCCGCAAGACGUACGGUCUCGACGACGAAUCCAACAGCGGCGUGAGCGAGCCCAGCAAACAGGCCGCCGUCCGCACGGUCUUCGACCUUUUCGACCCAGGUAACACUGGCUUUAUUACCCGUGAAGCCUGGCUGAAGGCGGACGCCGAUGGCUUGCGGUUGCCCGACCUCGGAUUUGGACCAGGACACCACGGCGACAUGGAGUAUGAAUACGAGAUUCACCACUUUGAGAAAUUCCACGGAGAUGACGCAAAGGAGGAGGACCUGACCCACCCCGAGGAUAUUGAGCACUUUAGGAGGCACGAUGAAGAAGAAGCCGCUGAGAUGCGUCUCGAAAGGCUUGAGACGAUGCAACUGGUAGAGAGCAACAUUCCUGCGAAAUUCCGCCGCAAUUUCUAG